GAAUUGUUUGCGACCGAUUGGAUAGACAAGAAAGCUUUUUCUUUGUCUCUGGCCGACAAAAGUUUGUUUGUCCAACAUUUUUUGGAGACUGAUCCGUUCGGUAACCUAACGGUCGAUGAAUGAAAUGGGGCUUUUUUAUGGAAAGGACAGGCUAUAGGGGAUACCUCUGACCAAACAUUUUAAAACUGGUUUAGCUUAUCUUGUUCCCGUUUUGUGAGGUAGUUUUUUUUUGUAGCCUUUUGGACAUUUUUAUUUGCGAGGUCUUGAGUCUUCCCUUGGUUGUUGGGGUGCUUGCAUAUUUUGAUUUUCAACAUGGAGGAUGAGUGGUUUGGAACGGAAUGGUGUGAUUUUCGAUUUCGUGUGAGCGGUUGCAAGCAUGCCACAAUGUGGAAAACGUUUUAUAUCGUGCACUCCAUUAUUGCCCUGCCCCUCUUCUGUCUCGGUCUUUACCUCAUAUACAAAAAAAUCUACCAACGGCUUUGGAAGCAGGGGUUAGGAAUUUUCGAUGUCAUUGAUGGAGCCGUCAAGCCCCGCGCGACGGAGGGAUUCAUCUUCCCCGCGACCAUUCAUAUCUUUGGCCGGUUCAUCUACACAACUUUGAUUGCGGCGGAUGUGUUCAAGAGUAAUGCCGUCAAAGAGUUUUUCCAUGAUUGGCCAUGGAUUGCAUUGUGGCAUGCUGGAGUGUACUUCACCAUUGGCAUAAUCUACGCAACGCCCAAGUCCUACGUCACUGGCUCUAAACGCUCAGGAGACGUUUCCAUCAUCUCCCGUUCCCGCCUUCCCUCCCCCCGUCUCCUGAAUUUUCUGCUCUUUGUUUAUCUCCUCGUGCCAACCAUCACCCUCCCCCUCUUUGCCCUCCUGGACGGCAUCGCUCGCGAUAAUGGCAACUAUGAACUGGCUGCAACAUACAAUGAAAUCCAUUACGUGCUAUGGGGGUUGUACACUAUUUUGUUGGGAAUGUUGGCGAUUUAUUUUGGGUUGAAGUUGCUGCUGAUAUUGAGGAGUAAUGUGGAGGCUGUGGCUAGUGCCGAUGGAGGUGUCAACAAUGAGUUCCGGAGAGCUAUCAUGAUGCUCAUUGUCAGUUUGGGCGGGACAUUCUGCAUGGAAGUCUCGUACGGCGCCGUCCUUUUCUUUUACGGCAUCCUCCGUGUCAAGAUCCUUUCCCUCUUGCCAGCCGCUAUCUUUUUCGGGUUCAACUGGAUUUUCGCCUCGGCGCUCAUGACGUAUCCGAUUUUCAUUACCGCUACCUACAACCUCAUCGUCAAUAAACAAGAAUCUCGCGCUCGAUCCUCCAACAACCUCUCCGCCUCUCUUCAAGGCCAACAAGCGGGGCAGCGCUCUUCAACCCGCUCUGGCACCGUUAAAUCAAACAACAAACCCGUGGUAAACCAGAACUCGACAGCUGUCCUCUUGACUCCGCUUUCCAAUUCUCAGUUGGCUCCGCAUUCCAAUUCUCAGUUGGCUUUGGAACGGGGGGAUAGUUUUUGGAGGGAGGGGGAGCGGGGGAGUCAAGUCCUACGUUAGUUGUGCAUUCUUAGAUAGUUGUUUGCGUACUGAUUUUAAUGACUUAAUAGAUACCAAUUUUUUGUUUA